CCGCGGUGACAGUCGCCAUUUUAUUUUGAAAAUCAAACUGUUCUGGAGCAUUGCUACCAUUUCGUCAAGUUUGUUGUGGGGGGACUGGAAGGGAUGAGGACCUAAGUCACUUUUCUGCGAGCACGAUGCUGAACCUGAUUUUAAACUAAAAGACUCUACAAGCAUUGGGAACCACUGAUCGGAGCACAUAUUUGGAAGCCUACACUUGUCACACCUUUUGGGGGGGGGGAGCAGAAGUAACCUAUCACUGAAGUGACUAAAGGGGAAUAAUGGUGAUUUUGCGCCGUGCUCGGCCGCCUGCUUCCGCCCCAACCAGCAAUGAAUCUUGACUCGCUCUCGCUGGCUUUGUCUCAAAUCAGCUAUCUGGUGGACAAUUUAACAAAGAAAAACUACCGAGCCAGCCAGCAAGAAAUACAGCAUAUUGUAAAUCGUCACGGCCCUGAGGCAGACAGGCAUCUACUACGCUGUCUCUUCUCCCAUGUGGAUUUCAGUGGCGAUGGUAAAAGCAGUGGAAAGGACUUUCACCAGACGCAGUUUCUGAUUCAGGAGUGUGUGUCGCUGAUAUCAAAGCCAAACUUUAUCUCUACUCUGUGUUACGCCAUUGACAAUCCCCUGCACUACCAGAAGAGUUUGAAGCCUUCAGCCCACUUGUUCACUCAACUGAGUAAAGUUCUUAAGCUCAGUAAAGUCCAAGAGGUGAUAUUUGGCCUCGCUUUGCUCAACUCCAGCAACACAGACCUUCGUGGUUUUGCUGCACAGUUUAUCAAGCAGAAGCUUCCAGACCUGCUGCGGUCAUACGUUGACGCAGAUCUUGGAGGAAACCAAGAAGGUGGCUUCCAGGACAUCGCCAUAGAGGUGUUGCACCUGCUGCUCUCCCAUCUACUGUUUGGCCAGAAGGGAGCCAGUGGGGUCGGACAGGAGCAGAUCGACGCCUUCCUUAAAACACUUUGCCGAGAUUUCCCCCAGGAGCGCUGCCCUGUGGUGCUCGCACCACUGCUGUAUCCUGAAAAACGGGACAUUCUCAUGGAUAGGAUCCUACCAGACUCGGGGGAGUUAGCUAAGACCAUCAUGGAGAGUUCUCUGGCAGACUUCAUUCAGGAAGUCGGCUAUGGCUUCUGUGCUAGUUUGGACGAAUGCAGAAACAUAAUCCUGCAGUAUGGAGUCAGAGAGGUGACCGCCAGCCAGGUAGCCAGAGUCCUGGGAAUGAUGGCUCGAACCCACUCAGGCCUUACUGAUGGCAUUCCUCUCCAGUCCAUCUCGGCUCCGGGAAGCGGCAUCUGGAGUGAUGGGAAGGACAAGAACGACGGUUCCCAGGCGCACACGUGGAACGUGGAGGUUCUCAUCGACAUCGUCAAAGAAGUGAAUCCCAACCUGAACUUCAAAGAGGUGACGUAUGAGCUGGACCACCCUGGCUUCAUCAUCCGGGACAGCAAAGGCCUGAAUAUCGUGGUGUAUGGCAUCCAAAGAGGGCUGGGCUUGGAGGUGUUCCCUGUCGAUCUCAUCUAUCGACCCUGGAAACAUGCUGAGGGACAGUUGUCAUUCAUUCAGCACUCUCUGUUGAACUCAGAAGUGUUCUGCUUUGCUGACUACCCAUGUCACAGUGUGGCUAUUGACAUCCUGAAAGCCCCACCAGAGGAUGACAACAGGGAGAUUGCCACAUGGAAAAGCCUGGACCUGGUGGAAAGUCUUCUCCGGCUCUCUGAGGUCGGGCAGUAUGAACAGGUGAAGCAACUCUUCAGCUUCCCUAUCAAGCACUGCCCGGACAUGUUGGUGCUGGCGCUGCUGCAGAUCUCCACCUCCUGGCACACCCUGCGCCACGAGCUCAUCUCUACCCUCAUGCCCAUCUUUUUGGGCAACCACCCCAACUCUGCUAUCAUUUUGCACUAUGCCUGGCAUGGACAGGGGCAGUCUCCAUCCAUUCGUCAGCUCAUAAUGCAUUCGAUGGCUGAGUGGUACAUGAGAGGGGAGCAGUAUGACCAGGCCAAGCUUUCUCGCAUCCUGGAUGUGGCCCAGGACUUGAAGUCUCUUUCGAUGCUGCUGAAUGGUACUCCAUUUGCCUUUGUCAUUGACCUCGCUGCACUCGCCUCCCGCCGUGAAUACCUCAAACUCGAUAAAUGGCUGACUGACAAAAUCAGAGAGCACGGAGAACCUUUCAUUCAGGCUUGCGUGACGUUCCUGAAGAGGCGCUGCCCAUCCAUCAUGGGGGGUCUGGCCCCGGACAAGGACCAGCCCAAAAGUGCCCAGCUGCCCCCAGAGACUUUAGCCACCAUGCUAGCCUGUUUGCAGUCGUGUGCUGGGAAUGUUUCACAGGAGUUGUCGGAGACCAUCCUUACUAUGGUGGCCAACUGCAGCAAUGUGAUGAAUAAAGCUCGGCAGCCACCUCCAGGAGUGAUGCCAAAGGGACGAGCCCCGAGCACCAGCAGCCUGGAUGCCAUCUCACCUGUGCAGAUGGACCCUCUCACUGGCAUGGGGUCCUUGAACCUGGGGAGCACAGCCACCACUCACACUCAGAGCAUGCAGGGCUUCCCCACCUCAUUGAGCUCAGCUUUCAGUAAUCCCCAGUCCCCAGCAAAGGCCUUCCCCCCUCUUCCCAACCCUAACCCCAGCACACCGUUUGGUAUUGGCAGCCUGACCUCGCAGCUCCCUGGUAUGGACUCUGGUCCCUUGGGCUCGGGUAUUAGCGCCGGUAUCGGCUCUAGUUUGGGGAUGUCGUCCGUAAGCACUGAUCCUUUUGGCACCCGGAAGAUGAGCACACCUGGCUUGAACCCGCCGACCUUUCAGCAGAGUAAGAUGAAGGCCUCUGACCUUUCUCAGGUGUGGCCUGAGGCAAACCAGCACUUUAGUAAGGAGAUAGAUGACGAAGCAAACAGCUACUUCCAGCGCAUCUACAACCACCCACCUCACCCCACCAUGUCUGUGGAUGAAGUACUGGAGAUGCUUCAAAGGUUCAAGGACUCGACUAUCAAGCGGGAACGGGAGGUGUUUAAUUGCAUGCUUCGGAACCUGUUUGAGGAAUACAGAUUCUUUCCCCAGUACCCAGACAAAGAGCUGCACAUCACUGCCUGUCUGUUUGGGGGCAUCAUUGAGAAGGGCCUUGUCACCUACAUGGCCCUGGGCCUGGCUCUCCGUUAUGUCCUUGAAGCCUUACGCAAGCCGUAUGGUUCCAAAAUGUAUUACUUUGGAAUCGCUGCCCUAGAUAGGUUCAAAAACAGACUUAAGGACUACCCUCAGUAUUGCCAACAUCUGGCCUCAAUUGCUCACUUCUUGCAAUUCCCCCACCAUUUACAAGAGUAUAUCGAGUAUGGCCAACAGUCACGGGACCCUCCGGUGAAGAUGCAGGGAUCCAUCACAACACCUGGCAGCCUGGCACUGGCUCAAGUUCAGGCCCAGCAACCCGGAAGCCUUAAGGCCCCACAGCCCGGCCAGCCCAGCACCCUCGUCACCACCACCACUACCACCACCACAGCAGUCAAGACCACCACCAUCGGGAGGCCGACGUCCAGCAGCUUUAAAAAGGAUAUGCCUCCUUCCAUAAACACCACCAACAUUGACACCUUGCUGGUAGCCACUGAUCAGACAGAAAGGAUCGUCGAGCCCCCAGAGAACGUCCAGGAAAAGAUAGCUUUUAUCUUCAACAACCUGUCUCAGUCCAACAUGACACAGAAGGUGGAGGAGCUGAAGGAGACGGUGAAAGAGGAAUUCAUGCCAUGGGUCUCCCAGUACCUGGUGAUGAAGCGCGUCAGCAUUGAGCCCAACUUUCACAGUCUCUAUUCCAACUUCUUAGACACCCUAAAGAACCCAGAGUUUGUCAAGAUGGUUCUGAAUGAAACCUACAGGAACAUCAAGGUUCUUCUGACCUCCGACAAGGCAGCUGCUAAUUUCUCUGAUCGCUCCCUGCUGAAGAACCUGGGCCACUGGCUGGGCAUGAUUACACUGGCCAAAAACAAACCCAUCCUGUAUACAGAUCUGGAACUCAAAUCUCUGCUCCUGGAAGCCUAUGUGAAGGGCCAGCAGGAGCUCCUGUACGUGGUUCCCUUUGUGGCCAAAGUUUUGGAGUCCAGUCUGCGCAGCAUGGUUUUCAGGCCUCAGAAUCCUUGGACCAUGGCCAUCAUGAAUGUUCUGGCUGAGCUGCAUCAGGAGCACGACCUCAAACUGAACUUGAAGUUUGAGAUUGAAGUUCUGUGUAAGAACUUGUCUCUGGACAUCAAUGACCUGAAACCAGGAAACCUGCUGAAGGACAAAGAAAAGCUGAAGAGCCUGGAGGAGCAGCUGUCUGCACCAAAGAAGGAGGCAAAGCCGCCAGAGGAGAUGCUCACCGUCUCUACCACAGGAGACUUUGUUCCAUUUGCAGCUCCCCCCUCAACCCCAGCUGCCACCACUACCACCUGCACCACCACCGGGCCCCCCACCCCACAGUUCAGCUACCAUGACAUCAAUGUGUGUGCCUUAGCGUGCCUGGCUCCACACAUCAACAUAAAUGUCAAUAUCCCUCUGCUGCAGGCCCAUCCGCAGCUCAAACAGUGCGUGCGGCAGUCUGUGGAGCGGGCCGUCCAGGAGCUCGUGCACCCCGUGGUCGAUCGCUCCAUCAAAAUAGCCAUGACGACCUGCGAGCAGAUCAUCAGGAAGGACUUUGCGCUGGAUUCAGAGGAGUCGCGCAUGCGUGUGGCUGCCCACCACAUGAUGAGGAACCUGACGGCCGGCAUGGCGAUGAUCACCUGCCGCGAGCCGCUGCUCAUGAGCAUCGCCACCAAUCUGAAGAACAGCUUUGCUGCUGCGCUCAGGGCACCAACCCCCCAGCAAAGGGAAAUGAUGGAAGAGGCUGCAGCCCGCAUCGCACAAGACAACUGUGAAUUAGCCUGCUGCUUCAUCCAGAAAACUGCUGAGUUUGAGCUGAGGAAGCAUGCACGCCAAGAGGGACGCCGCUAUUGCGACCCGGUGGUCCUGACUUACCAGGCUGAGCGCAUGCCGGAGCAGAUCAGACUCAAGGUGGGAGGAGUGGACCCCAAGCAGCUUGCGGUUUAUGAGGAGUUUGCAAGGAACAUUCCAGGUUUCUUACCAAGCAAUGAUCUCUCCCAACCCACCGGCUUCUUGGCUCAGCCCAUGAAACAACAGGCCUGGGCCACCGACGAUGUGGCUCAGAUCUACGAUAAGUGCAUGGCAGACUUGGAGCAGCACCUUCAUGCCAUUUCUCCAGCCCUGGCCAUGAACCCUCUGACCCAGUCCCUGCGCACCUUACUGGAAGCCGUGGCUUUAGCUCGCAACUCCAGAGACGGCAUCUCAGCGCUCGGCCUCCUGCAGAAGGCGGUGGAAGGUCUGCUGGAUGCUACCAGUGGCGCCGAUGCCGACUUGCUGCUGCGCUACAGGGAAUGCCACCUGCUGGUGCUGAAGGCGCUGCAGGACGGGCGAGCGUACGGGCCGCAGUGGUGCAAUAAGCAGAUCACCAGGUGUCUGACUGAAUGCCGUGAUGAAUACAAAUACAAUGUAGAGGCAGUAGAACUUCUCAUCAGAAACCACCUAGUUAAUAUGCAGCAGUAUGACGUGCACCUGGCGCAGUCGAUGGAAAGCGGGUUGCACUACAUGGCCGUAGCGUUCGCCAUGCAGCUGGUGAAGCUGCUGCUGGUGGACGAGCGCAGCGUGAGCCACGUCACCGAGGCAGACCUCUUUCAGACCAUCGAGGCUCUGAUGAGGAUCUGUGCACACUCCAGAGCCAACGCACCCGAGGGACUCCCCCAGCUGAUGGAUGUGGUUCGAUCCAACUACGAAGCCAUGAUGGACCGGGCCCACGGAGGACCCAACUUCAUGAUGCACUCUGGGAUCUCCCAGGCCUCAGAGUACGACGACCCCCCAGGCCUGCGGGAGAAGGCGGAGUACCUCCUGAGGGAGUGGGUCAACCUGUACCACUCGGCGGCUGCUGGCCGGGACAGCACCAAAGCCUUCUCUGCCUUCGUCGGCCAGGUGAGGAGCCGUCCCCACAGAGCCCUCCCCGCCGUUCCUCACGCCGCCGCCGUUCCUCACGCUGCUUUGCUCCCACCUCAGAUGCACCAGCAGGGCAUCCUGAAGACAGACGACCUGAUCACCAGGUUCUUCCGGCUGUGCACAGAGAUGUGCGUGGAGAUCAGCUACAGGGCUCAGGCCGAGCAGCAGCACAACCCGGCCGCCAGCGCCGCCAUCAUCCGGGCCAAGUGCUACCACAACCUGGACGCCUUCGUGAGGCUCAUCGCCCUCCUGGUCAAACACUCUGGAGAGGCCACCAACACGGUGACCAAAAUCAACCUCCUGAACAAGGUGCUGGGCAUCGUGGUCGGCGUCCUGAUCCAGGACCACGACGUGCGUCAGACAGAGUUCCAGCAGCUGCCGUACCACCGAAUCUUCAUCAUGCUGCUGCUGGAGCUCAACGCCCCCGAGCACGUGCUGGAGACCAUCAACUUCCAGACCCUCACUGCCUUCUGCAACACCUUCCACAUCCUGAGGCCCACCAAGGCGCCGGGCUUCGUGUAUGCCUGGCUGGAGCUAAUCUCCCACCGCAUCUUCAUCGCCAGGAUGCUGGCGCACACCCCCCAGCAGAAGGGGUGGCCCAUGUACGCACAGCUGCUGAUCGAUCUCUUCAAGUAUCUGGCCCCCUUCCUGAGGAACGUCGAGCUCAACAAACCUAUGCAAAUCCUCUACAAGGGCACGCUGCGGGUGCUCCUGGUUCUGCUGCACGACUUCCCAGAGUUCCUGUGCGACUACCAUUAUGGCUUCUGUGACGUGAUCCCGCCCAACUGCAUCCAGCUGCGUAACCUCAUCCUCAGUGCCUUCCCCCGCAACAUGAGGCUCCCCGACCCCUUCACCCCCAACCUGAAGGUGGACAUGCUGAGCGAGAUCAACAUCGCCCCCCGCAUCCUCACCAACUUCACGGGCGUCAUGCCGUCCCAGUUCAAGAAGGACCUGGACUCGUACCUGAAGACGCGCUCGCCCGUCACCUUCCUGUCCGAGCUGCGCAGCAACCUGCAGGUGUCCAACGAGCCGGGGAACCGCUACAACAUCCAGCUGAUCAACGCACUGGUGCUGUACGUGGGCACGCAGGCCAUCGCCCACAUCCACAGCAAGGGCAGCACCCCCUCCAUGAGCACCAUCACCCACUCGGCACACAUGGACAUCUUCCAGAACCUGGCCGUGGACCUGGACACUGAGGGCCGUUACUUGUUCCUGAACGCGAUCGCCAACCAGCUGCGCUACCCGAACAGCCACACCCACUACUUCAGCUGCACCAUGCUGUACCUGUUCGCCGAGGCCAACACGGAGGCCAUCCAGGAGCAGAUCACCAGAGUUCUGCUGGAGAGGCUGAUCGUGAACAGGCCUCACCCCUGGGGGCUCCUCAUCACCUUCAUCGAGCUGAUCAAGAACCCUGCCUUCAAGUUCUGGAGCCACGACUUUGUGCACUGUGCCCCUGAGAUUGAAAAGCUGUUCCAGUCGGUGGCCCAGUGCUGCAUGGGGCAGAAGCAGGCCCAGCAGGUGAUGGAGGGCACCGGCGCCAGCUAGCCUGCGCCGGCGCCAGCUAGCCUGCGUCGGCCCGCUCGCCGCCGCCGG